UUUUUGCGUGUCACAAAAGAAAAGGCUUAUAUAUGAAUAAACAGAGUUAAUCAAGUAACACACGAGUCUUUCAAAAAGAUCUAGUUAGUCUCGCUUACCGUUCAUUCGCAGCUAACUGAUUCUCCGACUUCACACGGCAACGAUGGCUGUGAUCUCUGACAUUCCCGACGGCGAUAACGGCGGAGCUCCAAACAAGAAACCGCAAGAACAACCCGAAGAAGUGACUUCUUUGGAAUCAUUACCCGACGUUCUCAUCGAGCACAUCAUCGCAAGAGUCCCGAGAAGUAACCACCCGGAGAUAUCACUCACCUCCAAACUCUUCCGUCGCAUCAUCGCUUCGCGGGGCCUCCGCCUCACGCGAUCCCUCCUCGCCAUCUCCGAACACGUUCUUUACGCCUUGAUCGCGUUCCCUCCUCAUCCCUUGAGCUGGCACAUUCUCUAUCGAAGCAACACCGCUUCUUUACGCUUGCGCAGAGUCACUACACUCCCUCCCAUGCCUUAUGGCCCCGCCGUCGUCACCGUCGGACAUGACAUAUACGUCAUCGGUGGAUACGGCGGCACCAGAUACUUAUCGAGCGUGACUGUCGUCGACUGCAGAACUCACACGUGUCGGUCUCUCCCGAGCAUGAGAGUCCCUCGAUACCGCGCAGCCGCGGGGGUCAUUGACGGGAAGAUCUACGUAAUGGGAGGUUGCGAGAAUCGAAUAUCUAAAGAUUGGGUUGAGGCGUUCGAUCUCGAGAGACAGAUAUGGCUUGGAACGGGAGGGGAAGUAUCUGAUGAGAGUGGAGGGUUCGUGACGUAUGAUGUCGUGAAAGACAAGAUCUAUGCAUUGGGUCUUCGUCAAUCUUUACACGUUUGCGAGCCUAAAGAAGGUGGAGUAAUAAUAAUAUGGGAGGGUGAUGCAAGUGAGUUAAGGGGUUUGUGGCAAGGGUCUUCUUGUGUGGUUGAUGAUUUGUUGUAUACCAUUGAUCCUAUGUGUUGGCGUGGGCAUCCAAUAAUCGUUUUUGAUCCAGAGGAGGGUGUAGAGGGUGUUUGGAAGCCUGUGAAAGGUGUAUAUGGUUUGCCUCCUUGUUUCCCUUGGUUUGCUUACGAGUCUAAAAUGGCGAAUGUUGGUGGGAAGUUGGUGAUCUUGAUCGGUAAUCAGAGCUGGUUGUGGAAUUAUUACGGGUAUAAAUAUAUAUGGUGCGUGGAGAUUGCUUUGGAGAGGCGUCAAGGAGGUGAGAUUUGGGGGAGAGUUGAAUCAGUAGAUGUUGUGUUUAAGACCGCCGAGUCCUCGCCUAUCAUUGAGCUUUGUCGGACUGUUAUCGUCUGAUGAGUAAAUGGGAUCUUGCAGGUGAAGGUAGGAUCUUAUAUUACAUGUGCUUGUUGAUGCAGAGUGGCUAAGAAGCUCUUAUCUGACGCCUCAAGAGUAGCUUGUCGAUCUAUACUUACCUUUGUGGAGCAGCUUUCAUUUUGUGAAGUGGAUUUCUCUGUCUUGUAGAAACUUGUUGAGAUAAUGCAUAUUUUGGCAAACAUCUCUUUGGGGGUUUUGUGUAGUUUGGACUGAAAGAGUACAGUUCUUUUCUGUUUGCUUUUGGAAUUCAUGUUCAGAUGUACAACAAAACCUAGCUUUUACUAUAAAUAUGAAAAUUUGGUUGA